CAACUGGUGCAAAAGUUUCAGUAGCAUCAUUGUUUGACCUGCGGGGGCGUCUAGGUACACGUUUACAUACUUUGAACCCCACAGCGGUUCAAUCUAAUUUCUGUACUUUCAAUUUGGAUUCCUCGCUUUUAUGGAAAGUUAUACCAAUAAUGGGCUGUCUAAUCCCAAGAACCCCACUCUUAUCCCACGCUCUUAUCAGGACUCCAGGGUAAUCAACAAUAUUGAUAAUGAGGAGCUCAUACCUGCGAUGGACUUUCAUGACCUACUGAGUGGUUGGGAGGUCGAGGGUGGGCUUUCUAAAGUCUCCUCAGAGACAGACAAGACGUAUUUUGAUAAAGCCGGGAGGCGGAUGAUUUACAGUCGCACUGGAAGCUAUAAUUGGAAAACAUUACAAGGAAUUGAGGAUGAGUAUGUUCCAGACUUUGUGGAUUUCAACUUUAGGACGUGGAUUGAUGACAAACUGGCUAACGAGGACCAUAUUCUGGAUGAGCUGCAUUCCAAAGUUCAACCAAUCUCAAUUGAAAAGCACGAAGGUGCCGCGCGUCCUACCUCUCGAAGCACAGGGUCUCCAGAACGUGAAAAAGACCGCUUGAUUCUCGCAUCUCUCCCUUCCAACUUCCUAUCGCUUUCUUUCAGUGAAAGAAAGAGGAUCAUGAACGAGGCAUUACCUGAUUUUUUGCAAAAUGACAAGGAUUACAAAAACCAUAUCACCAGAUUGAUUCGCAGAAAUUCCAUGUCGGGUGCAACCUCUCCGGCGCACAGGUUGUCUAAUUCCUUUUCGCUACAAAAUUCCGUUAACAGUACUGUUACAACUCCUGACAACACUAAUGUGAAAGGUUCAUUGAUUCUUGGCAAGUGGCGGUUAGGUCGAGUAAUUGGAAGAGGUGCAUACGGUAUCAUCCGUGAAUGUAGCAACGAAAACGACGAGAUAAAAGCAAUGAAGAUCAUCGAUGUUCACGGUUCUGUGGAGUUCAUCAAGCGUUUCAAGACUGAAUCUCUCAUCUGGUCGCUCUUGAACCACGAACGGAUUGCGCCGUUGUUGGAUUUCAAAUUUACCGACCAAUCUUUCUUUUUGCUCACCGAGAAAUAUAGUUCUGGCUCGCUCUUUGAUCUAGUGAAGCAAUGGGAGUCAGCUAACGAUCCGCAACGUCUGCCCCGCAUUGUGACAUUUUUGACCGACAUAUGUUCUGGACUGCAGUAUAUGCACAGCUUGGGAAUCUAUCACGGAGACGUUAAACUGGAAAACUGCCUUCUUUCAGAUGGCAGAGUUGUGCUCUGCGAUUUUGGGAUGGCCAACUUUUACAGCAGAGAUAGCAAGGCGCUAAUCAAGAUUCCUGACCUUUCUAGACGAAUUCUGGAUGACACUGUCUUGCCAUCUUCCCCUAACAACAUUUCUACGGGCUCGUCACACUCGUACCGCCAUUCUCCACUGUCAUCGGUUGCCAACACGCCCACUCCCCGUUCUCCACGCUCCUCAGCAACGGCGUCCACAACUUCUUCCUACAACAGUGCCCGUUUACCGGAUACACAUAUUGGUUCACUUCCCUACUCUUCGCCCGAAAUCCUGCGACCUAAUCCUCCUGCCCUUGAUAAUCUAACGGAUGCGUGGGCAGUGGGGGUGCUGCUUUACACGUUGGUCACGCUGAAACUACCUUUCCAGCAUAUUUUUGAGCCACGGCUCAAGCUCAUGAUCAUGAAUAACGAUUACGACAAAACCCGUUUCCGAGCGGCCCUUAAUGAUUUUCCACGCGCAGACGUUCUAGUCUCUAUUUUGAGCGCAUGUCUCGAACCCGAUCGUUCACAGCGUUGGGACAUGUCUCGUAUUUUGUAUGUACUAUUGUAAGGAAUUAAUUGUUUCAAAGAGCAUCAAGUGGGCGAAAUGCUCGUCAUUUUCUCUCUGGUAGGCCUCCGGCGACCUGUCAAGCAAUUCUCGCAUUUCUUCGUCCGAAAGCUUGUUGUCUAGAAUCUCUCUUUUUCUAAACUCUUUCGCACUAAGGAAUUCACUGAGAUUCUCGAGAAGAGCGUCCUGUGGCUUCCUGCUGCCCGUACCAUAUUUCAAAAGAUCUUCAAAAUGACCCAGCUGGAUGACUAACCUCUCAAGACGUCUUUUUGAGUCUGCUUUCGCCAGCAUGAUCUCUUCAACAGUGUUGGCAAUCACCAGUCGAUAAACCGACACAGGUUUGGUCUGACCUAUUCUGUGGACUCUAUCCAUUGCCUGGAGAUCAACCUGCGGGUUCCAAUCUGAGUCAAAAAGAAUAACCGAGUCUGCAGCCGUCAAAUUAAGCCCCAGGCCUCCAGCACGGGUAGAUAACAGAAAUACAUCGACGUCCUCGGUGGAAAAUCUGUCGAUCUCGUCUUUACGGUCUGCCUGAUCGGUGGAGCCGUCUAUUCGACAAGACUUGUAUCCUAGUGUAUAGUUGACAAAUUCUUCAAUCAGGUCUAGCAUUGACGUGAAUUGUGUGAAGAUCAAAACACGAUGUCCAUCUUUAUGAAGCGCUGGAAGCAGUUGAUCUAAAAGUUGCAACUUUGCCGACUGCUCCACCAACUUUGAGUCCGCAUAGUCGUUCCACGGAUAGAAAAAAAGGUGAGGUGAGUCGCAAACCAGCCGUAGCUGCAUCAUCACGUUCAUUAGCUUUUUGGUUCCAACCUGUUUCCUGACAAACUCAAAAUGUUCGUACAGUCUAUGGUCUUUUGGCUUAUCUUCCAGAGCCACAAACUUUUCGACCUCCUCGUCAGAGACCUGCAAUAAAUGGUUUACUGAAAGAUAUUCUUUUAGACCAUUCACCAGUAAGCAUUCUUUCAACUUUUGGCCCAGCGUAGCACGAUAAAGUUGUUCCUGUUUAGACGUGAGCUUGCCAUAAAUAAUAAACUCUCUUUUUGGUGGCAGGCCUUGUAUCACGUCUCUUUUUAGCCUGCGGAGCAGAAAAGGCUGCAAAAUAGUGUGCAGGUUGGUGACCAAGCUUUUCUGGAUCUCUGCGUUGAUCAACUCGUUGAACUCAGUAUCCUCAUCUUUCAUUUCUUCCAGAGCAGAAAAAUCAAACCACUGUUGAAACAUAUCAACGUCAUGGAAAAUCUCGGGCAAAAUGAAGUUCAGAAGAGACCACAGCUCAUUCAAAUUGUUCUGCAGAGGUGUUCCCGUCAAAAGCAAGCGGUUUGAGGUCCUAAGACGUUUCAGUUGGCGGAUCAAAAGACACUCACUAUUCUUAAGACGGUGUCCCUCGUCUACAAUCAGAUAUUUCCAUAGUUUGGCACUCAAAUAGCGGAAAUCGCGUAUGCUGAUCUCGUAGGAGGUGACGAUUACCGCAUUUUUGGAGAACUGUCGCCGUAACUUUGGACGUUGCGUCUUGGAGCCAACAUAAGCAAGAACCUUGAUUUCCGGAGCAAACCUCUCAAACUCGGAGAUCCAAUUCGAAACAGUCGACAGCGGACAGCAUAUGAGAAAUGGGCCUUCGAUUCCUUGCUCAAUCAGAAACGCAAUCAAGGCAAUACUUUGCAAAGUCUUUCCAAGUCCCAUUUCGUCGGCCAAGAUCCCGUUGAGACCGUUUUGAUACAACGUGAUGAGCCAUUCCAUACCUGCUUUCUGAUAGUCUUUCAUUUGGCACCCGGUGAGUAGUUUUGGCUGCACAGAUUCAUCCUGAGCAGCCUUACCGUCAUUAGUCUUGCGACACUUCUGCUUGCUUUCAACUUCCUCCUUCUUGGAACUGUCCAAAAGCGUGUCAGCAAUGAUACUACUGAACACUUGCGAACGCUUCACCAGCUCGUUCAGUUUCUCCAGUUUACGCGUCUUGGAAAGACUUUCAAAUUCAGCCUGCUCAGGAGUCACUGUACGCGACUGCUGUUCGCGCAACAGCUUCAGGAUACGCUCUUCUUCCGUGUCUAGCUGAUCUGACCAGGUCAUCCG